AUGCUUCAAAUACAGUAUUUAGUGUUGGUUCUGGCCUGCGCGUCUUGCGUAUAUGGAGUUCCCUUCAUAAAGAAGUGUAAAGCUGGUGACUCGAAAUGUGCAAAGGAGUCUGGCCAAGCUGCUAUUGCCACCUUCGCAGCGGGAAUCAAGGAUCUUGGUGUUCAGACCUUAGACCCCCUGACCUUGAAAAGGACUGACUGCAGUUCUCCUAACCUAAAGCUGGUCGUUACAGAUUACUCAAUAACCGGCUUAAGAAACUGUAUCGCUAAGAAAAUUAAAUAUGAUGACCAACAGUCAAAGAUCUUCCUGAAACUACAGUGUUCAGGUCAAUUAGAAGGAAAUUAUGAGAUGAAGGGAAGACUAUUGUUUUUACCUUUGGAAGGAAAAGGCCCACUGCAUGUAACUCUCAACAAAGCCGAUUUCAACAUCAUAAUGGAUGUUGGACAAAUAGAAAAGAAUGGCGUCAAACAUUGGGAUAUUAAGAACUGGAACCAUGGCUUCGAGCUCAAAGACAAGAGCAAGGUUGUCUUCGAUAACCUUUUCAGUUCAAGCCAAACCCUCGGGCAAGCGGCGAAAGAUGUCAUAGACGAGAGCGGCAAUGAAAUUAUAUUAGAAGUGGGAUCGCCUAUCAUUUACGAUUCUAUUAAAGUUGUUGUGGAGUCUAUUAACAAUUUCUUCCACAGUGUCCCACUUAGCGAACUAGUUGAAUAG